UCGUACUAAACGAAGGCAAAAAUUGCAGGUAUGCAAUUUCACCAUUACAAUAAAAUAACACACGUUAUUAGUAUUAAUUCGUCUGACAUAUAUAGUUAGUAAGAAAGGAGGAGAUAUGCCCUUGCAUGAGCGGGAGGAAAUUCGCCAUCGCAUUGAGGAGCAUUCCAAUGAUUGUAAGAGAAUUUGGAGGAAGAAGGUAGUGCUGAGAGAAACAAGGCUUUGAAACCCUAGACAGUCGUUUUCAAAUAUCCCGGUUUUUUACUCUCUACGCUGCACAUUCUACAUUCCUUCCAACGCCCUAAUUGGGAUUUGUACAUAGUAUCAGGCACAAUAUCUUCCAGCCAAGUUUUUUGCUGUUGCUGCAGUACAGGCGCGUAAUAUGAUAUCCUAUGGUAUGCAGCUUUGGAGUUCAAUCGUUUGUUGUAACUGCUGUUAAACUUGAUACAUGAUUUGCAAAAUCAACAUACGAUGUCGGACAGUGUUAUUGCUAUCAGCAAACACGAGGAAGAAAACCAUCUUAUGUUGAAUGCCACUAAAAGCAUGCUACCUGGAAGUUCUCUACAAGGUGCUAAGUCCUUUGUCUGGCUACAAACUGCUGAUGGUUCCAUUCAAGAGGUGGAGCAAGAAGUUGUAAUGUUAUGCCCAUUGAUAUGUCGAGAAAUUUUGCAAAAGGGAUUAGGUUCUUCAAAAAGUUUUGCAAUUAUUCUCCCAUCCCAGGUUAAUUCAAGCAUCCUGAGGCAGAUUCUAGAAUAUUGCCGCUUUCAUCAAGUAUUGGGUCGUUCAAACAAGGAACGGAAGCUAUUCGAUGAGAAGUUUAUUCGUCUAGAUACAAAGAGGUUAUGUGAGCUGACUUCUGCAGCUGACAGCCUACAGAUGAAACCUUUGGUUGAUUUAACAAGUCGGGCACUUGCCCGGAUGAUUGAAGGUAAAACACCAGAGGAGAUUCGAGAAACAUUUCAUUUGCCAGAUGAUCUCACAGAGGAGGAGAAGUUGGAGCCUUUAAAAAAUACUACUGAUGAUCCUCGCAUUAGACUCUUGAAUCGAUUGUAUGCAAGAAAAAGAAAAGAGUUGAAAGAAAAAGCAAAAUUGAAGAACAUUGAAGCAGAGGAAGAGCAUGCUGAUGAGCGAUCAGUUGAAGAUCUAUUAUUAUUCAUAAAUGGAAGUGAUGGAGAUUCAAAGGGAAGUAAAGGAGGAAAGGGUAAGAAGAAGAAGAAUAGGAAAAAGAAAGAGCAGGCAAAAGAUGGCAUCUCAGGCAGUGUUAAUGGGGUCCCCUUAAAGGUCGAUUCUGGAGCAAUUAGUCCUGACCAGAAUGGGGAGUUUCAGAACAUUAUUAUUGCAUCUAAUACAAAUAAUAUAUGUGGAAUUGAAGAAGUUAGUGAUGAGAGAUUUUCGGGUGACUUUGAUGAUGCUGACAAUGAUGAUGAACUGGACCCAAUAAUGAGGGAAAAACUUGACAGAUCUUACUAUUGCAGGGAGGUUGAGGACUUUGCAAGGAGGUUAAAUUCAGAUUGGCCUGAAAGAAUGCAAGAAAUUCUUGCUUCAGGUCAGGAUCAAAGAAAAAAUCUUCCAAGCUCUCUUAGCAGUGAUUCAUCUAUAAAGAGAUUUGCAAAUAAGGGAAUUGCUUUUGUGACUUGUCUGAGGUUGGGAAUUGUUGAAUGCUAGCAACUGCUGUCCAAUAUAAACAGCUAUUUACUUAUGUUCCAUGGGAGGUUUAGCGAUGAAAUUCGUGCCAAACAGAUCUCCACACAAAACUGCUUGACGAUGUGUUGAGCUUUUGCACGUGUAACAUUGUUGAAUUUUAUUCCAUGGUGUAUCUAUUGUCAAAGUAUAUUAUCAAACUCAAGAUAUAUAGCAUGCAUAUACAAUUUGUAAGCAGAGAAAAAAUGGGUCAAGGGUAUGAGUAUCAAUAUAUGUUCGGGCAAGAAUCAGCAGAAGAAUGCUCAAAUAGCCUGCACCAUUUUUUAAUGGCAUCCAUCUAAUUUUUAAUCUUUUCUUGCUAAUCUUAGGGAGCAUCUCUUGUUUGGCGGUGUAUCAAAAUUCUUUAGAUUCAAGUCAGUUUGCAUUGCAUUUUUCCGGCCAUUGUUUUCAAUUGAAUGUAACUGCACAAAGCAAAAUAGCUUUGUACAAAGUUCUCCAGGCCAAGAUACUACUUGGUACGGCAUUAAUCAGAGUUUAUUGCAUUACGUGUUCAGAUGGACAUGCUUUGUAAGUUCUGCCGAGGAUAAACAAAUUUUAUGAUUUUUUUUGUAUGGCUACAUUCUAUAAGAUGGCACUGUUUGAUGAUUAGUUUUGAUCCUUAUAGAAUAACUUAAUAAGGCAGCAAAUCAAUUAAAUCAUAAUUCAGUUCAGUCACAUGGCUGUGCACAUCAGGUUUUGGAAUUUCGUUUCAAGUGAGGAAUGUGUACCUGUGGAUAAGAAUGAGGCUUCUCUUAGCCAGAACAACACGAUGCAUAUUUUUUGAUCUGAGUAAUGUUGUGGCUAGGUUAUGGGGAGAAAUCUCCGGUAAGCAUUUUUUUUGUAACUUACAAUGUGAACAUUCUGAGACGAUUCCUGAUUUUUGUUGGUUCAGUUUGUCAGAUAAUAUGAUUGUGGGCGAUCAGUUGUGCAAGUUUUUCAAAAUGAAA